AUGAAUAGCUCGACAACAAAGAUUCACAAUGUGACAUUAUCCCCUAAAGCUACUACAAUUAGAAGGCAUAGAUCGAAACCUAAUAGAAGCUUAAAAGAUUUAAUAAUCAGACACAAAGAUUCCUCUUUACAGCCGAUGGAAGAAUCUCCUAUCAAAAAAAUGAUUAAGCCACUAAACAUUUCUCAUUUGAAAUUUAAUACACUUACGACGACAACUGAUACCACAACAAGGAAACACUUUGAAUUGGCUAGCUCAACAAGGACAAAUUCAAAGAAGAACACAAUGAACUCAACGCAGGUAAUAAUUAAAAGUUGCUCAAAUACUUCGAUAAAAAAAUCAAAUACCCUGCAUUCUAGCUCUGCUCUAAGCAUAAAAAAGUCAUUCCCAAUCUCCCCUAAAAUUGCUUUGACUGAGUUUUUUGAAGAUUUAACUGAUAAAGAAAAAAGCGAAAUUUUGGAAUAUCCCGAGGUAUAUUUUAUCGCUAAAAAAGACUGCAGAGACGACCCACCUCCUUUUACGUUUAAUGAUGGGUAUGACGACAACAAAGGGGAUUACUGUUUAUAUAAAGGAGACCAUAUUGCAUAUCGCUAUGAAAUACAUAGCAUUCUAGGCAAGGGAAGCUUUGGACAAGUCUGUCUGUGCUUUGACCACAAAAGAAAAGAAAACGUAGCAAUCAAAAUAAUUAAAAACAAAAAACGGUUCCAUUUUCAAGCUUCGUUUGAAAUCCGUAUAUUGCAAUCGCUAUUAGAAAAUGACCCUGACGAUAAAAGAAACAUUGUAAGAAUCAAAAAUUAUUUUUUAUUUAGAAAUCACAUAUGCAUUGCCUUUGAACUUUUACAAAUAAAUCUUUACCAACUGCUCCAUAAAAACCAUUUCAAUGGAGUUUCUUUAAAAUUGAUCAAAAAAAUCGCAAUUCAGCUGUUAGUGUCACUUCAGUUUUUAGCAGAAAAUCAAGUUAUUCAUUGUGAUUUAAAACCAGAGAAUAUUUUAUUGAAAAAGCCAGAUUCAGCGACAAUUAAAAUAAUUGAUUUUGGGUCAUCUUGCUUUGAAAACGAAAAAAUUCAUACAUAUAUUCAAAGCAGAUUUUAUAGAUCCCCAGAAAUCAUUUUAGGGAUUUCUUAUACCACUGCUAUUGAUAUGUGAUCUUUAGGAUGCAUUUUAGCAGAACUUUAUACUGGGCAGCCUAUUUUUCCAGGGAGAAGUGAAGAAGAACAAUUUGCACUGAUAAUGGAAGUCAUUGGAGCUCCUCCGAAAUCGUUUAUCUCCCAAGCAACCAGAAAUAAAACAUAUUUUUACCCUAAUGGCGAGCCGAAGCUGAUAGCUGAUACAAAAGGCUUAUUAAGAGUCCCUGGGAGCCGAAGCUUAAACGAGCUAUUAAAAGGUUCCAACCCCAACUUCAUAAACUUCGUCCAGCAAUGCUUCGAAUGGAACCCAGAGCUCCGUUUAACUGCAUCUCAAGGUCUGGAGCAUCCUUGGAUCAUAGAAAGCUCCUUAAAUUCUUCCUUAUUGCUAAAGCGCCGAUUUUCAAGUGAAAGAAAAAGGUAUUAA